CGCUUUCACUUCUCGCUCAAGGCAAGGGACAAUAAGUGAUGUUCAUGACGUUUGCGGUUGCUCGAAUCCUAAUCGGCAAGUUUGAGCACACUGGCAGUGUCUACACGGUUAAAGUUAAGAGCCAGGAGACGAAGAAUGCUCGUAAAACAACACACAAUGUCAGGAGAUGGCACUACUGUAGAAGAAAAGCCAGACUUGACAGCGGAAGGACAAAAUGACGUUGAGAGGUGGAAAUGGAACCGGAAGAAGGUGUUUCACUGGGUGUUCCUUGUAUCGGCCGUUCUCUACGCCAUGUGGCGGUUUUCGGUCAACGAAGACAAUGCCUUUCUACAACAAGAAAUGCGACAUGCCUUCAAAAGCAGUCCGUACGGCCUUCAGCGCAAAAUGGAUGAUACGCAUGGGGAAUGGAAGUCGACGAGGCAUUUCGUCACGAAGAAUUGGAUAUGGUUCCUGCUGCACCCUUUGCUGGGCCGGACCACUGCCCGUAUCACACCAUCGGCAAUGCCCGUGUUCUACGCGUUGUACGCAUCACUGUUUGUGGCCGUCCAACUGGGUUGGGAAGUGGCACUCGCUUUCUUGGCACAGCAUGCCGCAUUCCUCGCAGUGGCCUCACUGCGGGUGCCCGCGUUCUGCUACGUCUUUGCAUCCAUCAUGCUCUUGCAGAAGAAAGUCUUUGACACAAGCUUCUUUCACUAUGUGUACGACAAGUACGGAGCUGAGACAAACAUGGUAACCUACGUCGCAUUCCAUUGGAAUAUAUUGCGCGGCCUCAGCUUCAGCUUGGACUUGAUACGCACCCAGCGAGAAAAGCCCGAGUACCAUCGCAGCCGGUGGCCUCCGUAUUGGAAGACGCUAGCCUACGUGAUGUACUUGCCUACUGUGUAUCUUGGACCAUUGCAGAAUUACUACGACUAUGCGGCACAGCUGGAUAAAGUAAGGUCGCAGUGCACUCUGCGGGAAAUGGGCGCCGCCAUAUCAGGUGUGCUCCGAAGCUGUGCUCACUUUCUUCUGGCUGAAGUCAUGGCCCACUACCUGUACAGUUCCGCGAUGUCCCAGUGGCCCUGGAUGAUCGGAAGCUCGACCCGGCAAGCCUUGUGGGCUUCGGCCUAUCACUGUUGUUCUUCUUCUACGUGCGCUACGUGUUCAACUACGGAGUCGCCGGUGCUCUGGCCCGAGCUGAAGGAAUCGAGCUCCCGCUGCACGCCAAGUGCAUAGCGAGGUUGAACCUCUGCUCUCAAUUUUGGAGGUACUUUGAUAGAGGAAUGCACCUAUACAUCAGAAGGUACUUCUAUGAACCGGUGGCAGGUGGCCGUAAAGGGGCAACGUGGUUGGUUCUGGGCACAGCAGCGUCAUUUGCCUUCACCUGGUUCUGGCACGACAUGGCCAAGUCAGACGGGAUAUGGUGCGCACUCAGCGUACUAGGCAUCACCGUCGAAGUGCUCGUGGCCCAGGCAAGGAAGUCGUCGUUCGUCAAGAAUCUUGAGAGUCGGUACCUGGCAGUGCCUGAGAGAUUGAGAGAGGUUAAGGCGUUGAUUGGAUCCCCGCACUACCUUCUCACUAUCUGCGCCUGCAUGUUUCACCUGGCUGAAAUGAACGUCGUACUGGUGCUUUGCAAAGGAGUCCUUCUUGGAUUUCCCUGCCCACUGGUUCCCGUUCUGGUUGUCUUGUACAGUGCCUGCCAUGUCUCAUUUGAUGUCGCAGAGUGGGAAGCAACUGGAAAGCGAAAGGAAACCUAGUAAAGGCCGUGUUAGUUGUUCAGGAACCACAGCGUGCUCCUAUGAACGCAGGGACGAUGGAAGUUUACGUCUUCUUAACUGUUGCUCGUGGAAUAUUUCGGUUCUGUUCAGUUAUAACUAGAUAGCGGUGGAAAUAUUUACGCACAUAACGUUUCGGCAACUUGAUAUUUCUGGGUUAUGUAGUAGGAAAAAAACAAAGAGAAAGAAGGAGACAAUUUGGUUCAACGUGUGCACACACGGCCAGAAAGGUGUCGUUGUGAGCGUUUUAUUGUAAGCUGUUUCCGGCCAACUUUUGAUUGCUAUUAUAACUUAUUCAUGUUUCUUUCUUUCCUAUUUUUGUGGAUAUAAUAUUCUGCAAAGCAUUCAUUUGUAGCUGCUCCUUUACUUUUUUAUAAAUAAAAGUUAGAUAUUUACAACGUUGCAUAUCUA